UUGCCAUCUCUUGGAUUCAGUAUUGCCGGCAGCACAUUAUUGGCAUUACUUGGUGUAUGUCUGAUGCCAUUAACGCCACCCUGCGAAGGAGGAAACAUUCUUGUGUUUCCUGUUGAUGGAAGUCACUGGAUCAACAUGAAAAUCUUGCUGGUAGAGCUCCACGCCAGGGGACAUAACCUCACAGUGAUCAGAGCCUCUAACAGCUGGUACAUUGAUGAAAAGUCUCCCCUCUAUACAUCUAUUAGCCUUGAAAUGGAUGUGGGUAUGGAGGAUUUUUUUGAUGUGUUCGUAAAGGAGAAUAUAAGGGCACAGAGAUUUGGAGCUUCAUCUCUUACUGUCUUCAAACUCAUCAAGGAUUUCCUUGUCAUGAUUACGGAAGCCCACCAACUUUGGGCUGAUACUGUCUCCCGAAUCUUUGAUGAUAAAACUAUGGUCCAAAGCUUACUGGAUGCCAAAUAUGAUCUAGUUCUUACUGACCCCGCCAUUGCAGCAGGAUUGGUAUUGGCCAAAUAUCUCAAACUGCCCUCAGUGCUCAAUGUUCGCUGGAUUACCUCUGGCGAGGGCCACUUUAUGAUCGCCCCAUCUCCCCUCUCUUAUAUCCCAGCCCCAGGAUCAGGAUUAACGGACAAAAUGACCUUCAUCCAGAGGGUCAAGAACUUAUUCUACCACAGCGUUAUUGAAUACCAGCAGAGAGCUUUGGUGGGACCAUGCUAUGAUUCCCUCUGUGAUAAAUACAUUGAAGGUGGAUGCAGCAUCCGCUCACUUUUUCAGGAAGCAGACAUUUGGCUGUUCAGAUCAGAUUUCGUGUUCGAUUUUCCUCGACCCACAAUGCCAAAUAUCGUCUACAUUGGAGGGUUUCAGUGCAAACCAGCUCAGCCUCUGCCAGCAGACUUGGAGGACUUUGUUCAGAGUGCCGGGGAGCAUGGAGUCAUCAUCAUGACUAUGGGAACGUUGGUCAAUGCCUUGCCUGAAGACCUUACAGAUGAAAUCGCCAGUGUCUUUGCCAAGAUGCCUCAGAAGGUGAUCUGGAAGCACAAAGGAAACAGACCUUCUACUCUGGGCAACAACACCCUCAUAGUGGACUGGAUGCCUCAGAAAGACCUCCUGGGCCAUCCUCAGAUCAAAGCCUUUGUUGCUCAUGGAGGCACCAAUGGAAUCCAGGAAGCUAUUUACCACGGGGUCCCUGUGAUCGGCAUACCGCUGUUCUUUGACCAGUAUGACAACCUGCUACGUCUGCAGGAGAGAGGAGCUGGGAAGAUCCUGGAGCUAGCUUAUGCCAAUGGGCACAAUUUUGAGCAAGCGCUCAAGGAGGUGCUCUAUCAGGACAGCUACAGACAGAACAUUCAAAGGUUGUCCCGUCUGCACAGAGACCAGCCAAUGGCACCCAUGGAUCAGGCCGUAUUCUGGGUGGAGUAUGUGAUACGCCAUAAAGGGGCUCCCCACCUUCGUACAGAGGCCUAUAAGAUGCCCUGGUACUCAUACUACUCUUUAGAUGUACUGCUAGUAUUGAUGACAGCAGUGACUGUGCUGCUGCUCUCCACUUUUGUAGUUUUAAGGUUUCUAUGCUGCAGACACAGAAGGAAGUCCAAAACCAAACAGCAAUGA